UAAUGCUUUAUGCACCAUGGUGUGGUCAUUGUAAGAAUUUGAUACCAGUGUUGGAUAAAUUGGCAGAUUAAGUAGAUUACAAAUUUAUUGCAAUUGAUUGGUAUUCAAAAAGAUAAUCAAAUUAGUGUUACAAAUCCUGAUACAAAGAAAAGAUUUGGAGUUAAGGGAUAUCCUACUCUAUUAUACAUCAAGGAUAAUAAGACAUAUAAAUUUUAAGGAUAAAGAACACCUGAAUUAAUAAUAAAGUUUAUUGAAGAAGAUUAUUUACAAUCAAAGGAAAUAAAUGAAAUUCCAAAAUAUGAGCCUUACAAAGAAAAUUUUAUUGAUAAAUAUUUCAAUAAUGUUUGGAUAUUUGUAAAGAAUAAAAUUAUAUAUUUAUUAGAUAGCAGUAAUUGUAUUAACAGGUUUAACAAUCUUUGUAACAAUCUUAUGUAUCAAUGAUUGCAAAGAGAAUAGAAAAUUGGAUAAAAUAGAAAAGGAACUUUAAGAGAAAAAGAAGGAAAAUUGAA